UCCCCCGUUUUACGUUUUAGGUUUCUGGAGGUCCCCAUAUCGAUGGCUGCGGCGGUGGAGAUGGAGAAGGAAGAGGAAUCACCGAUGAAAAAGGGAGAGGAAGCGCUUGAACGUCUUAGGUCAGCUGAUCCGCCGCUCUAUCUUAUGCAGUCAUCGGAGUUUGCCCGGGACGCUCGAGCCGCCUCCUGCUUUCUCUUCUCAUCCCUGGUCCCCUUCUGCACUAAGCUUCCUAUAGAUCGCUUGCUCGUUGAGGGUUUCGAUGCAGAGCAAAUAUGGUAUCAAAUCGACCUUCUCUCGCGACCCUUGCUCUCUACUGUCCGCCGGGAGUUCAAACGACUCGAGGAAGAGCACCAUUCACGGGCAGGUUUAAGCACUAUAGACGCUGACGGAGACGGGGAAGAGAUGGUGGUGGAGAAGGACGAAAUCUCUGUGGAUGACGAAGGCGAUGAAGAGGAUGGAGAUGAAAGCGAGGAAAAAGGGUCGGAAGACGAGGAAGAUGGCGAGGAUGACGACGAAGAUGAUGGAGAGGGAGAUGAGGAGGAAGAGGAAGAAGCAGGCGAAGCAAAAGGGAACGUGGUUGAAGAUAAAUUUUUGAAGAUGCAGGACUUGGAGAACUAUUUGGAGAAUGCCGAAGCGAAAGAGUAUGGGCACCCUGUGAAGAAAGGAAGCGGACGGAAGGAGAAGGAUGAUGACACCGAGGAGGAGGAAGAUGAUAUGGAUCUUGAAGAUUUUGAUAGUGACGGGGAUGAAGAUGCAGAACUAGGUGCAAAUGCUAGGUAUGAGGAUUUUUUUGGGGGCAACAAGAAAAAACAACAAAAAAAGGGUGGUACUGUUGGAAAGAGAAAACGCUCUUCCACUGAACUGGAUGCUGUUGAUCAUUUUGAGAACACUGAUGAAGAUGUUGAGAAGAAUGAUAGCGAGCAAAAGUUUCUCUCAACUCAUGAAAAGGAGCUUCAAAAGAUGCGUUCAAAAAUAGAGGAAAUGGAGAAAGCAAACUUGGAUCCUAAAUCCUGGACCAUGCAGGGAGAGGUUACUGCUGCUAAAAGGCCGAAGAAUAGUGCUUUGGAAGUGGACCUUGAUUUUGAGCACAAUGUAAGACCUGCUCCAGUAAUCACAGAGGAAGUUACUGCUUCCCUUGAAGAUAUAAUCAAAAAAAGGAUCAUCGAGGGUCAUUUUGAUGACGUUGAAAGAGCUCCUAUCUUGCCAUCUAAACCCCCUAAGGAGACCAAAGAGAUGGAUGAAAAUAAGAGCAAGAAGGGUCUUGCCGAGAUAUAUGAGGAAGAAUAUGCACAGAAGACGGGUUUAGCUCCAGCUCUUCUUUCUACUUCUGAUAAACUUAAGACUGAGGCAACAAUGCUAUUGAAAAAGAUUUCCUUGAAGUUGGAUUCGCUGUCUCACUUCCAUUUUGCUCCAAAGCCGGUUAUUGAGGAUAUGUCUAUACAAGUCAAUGUACCUGCUCUAGCAAUGGAAGAGGUUGCUCCAUUGGCCGUCUCAGAUGCCGCUAUGCUUGCUCCUGAGGAGAUUUUUCAUGGAAAAGGAAAUAUCAAAGAAGAGGCAGAAUUAACAAAAGAAGAGAGGAAAAGGAGACGGGCCAACCAGAAAAGAAGAUUUAGAAGAUUGAAAGCUGAAACAUCUAAGAAAGCAGCGCAAAAAACCGGUCAAAGUGCAGUGCCCGGUGCUACUAAUGAGAAACCAGAUUCAUGAACACGAAUUGUUAGUGAUCUUUGGAGUUUUACUCUUUGAGCCAUUCCCUAUCCAAUGGAGUAAGUAUUCAGGAUUCGCUAGUCGUUCGAACAAAGAGAUUACUGGGCAAAUCCUUUUGCACGGAAAGAGGAAGGCACGAUAUUUUUACUCGAAUACAACCCACUUGUUUUCAUAUGGUGUAUGUGACUGUUUUUUGUGGCUUCGACCACCUAAAUGUGCUACUGGAACUAUUUUUCUCCAAUUCUUUCUAAUAUUUUAAUUACCAUGUGUUAUUUGAUGGCCAGCUUAUAUUUGUGUUGCAAAUAUUGUUAUAUGUUUCUUUGCUAUGCUUAAGAGAUGUGCUUUUUGCACCUCCCCUGAA